AUGGGAGAUAGGAAAGUUGGCGUGGCCGUAGAUUUCUCGAAAUGCAGUGUAGAAGCAUUGAAAUGGGCGGUGGAUAACGUUGCGAGAAAAGGCGAUCAUCUGAUCCUCAUUAACAUCAAACAACAAGGUCAUUCCGAUGAAGGCGAAACACAGCUCUGGCAGACCUCGGGCUCUCCUUUGAUUCCUAUGGCGGAACUUUCAGAUCCUGUAAUAAUGAAGAAAUAUGGAGUAAAACCAGAUAUAGAAACAUUGGAUAUUAUAAAUAAUGCAUCAAAGCAAAAGGAAAUUACUGUGAUAAUGAAGAUAUUUUGGGGAGAUCCUCGUGAGAAAAUAUGUGAAGCUAUUGAUAAAAUCCCUUUGAAUUGUCUCAUUAUUGGUAAUAGAGGCCUUGGAAAGCUUCAAAGGCAGCUGAAGGAAAAACAGCAUGAAGUUCUUCUGAAAUAUCGUACUCGAAUUGAGUUCAUAGAUGGUUUAGGGUUAAAUUGUUGA